CAUCAUCACCUCACUCCCCCCCUCCACCCUCCUCCACUUUGCAGUCAUAAAGAAUAUGAGGCCAUGAAGUCUCUCCCGCAUCGGAUUGCUUUGCUGGGAGCUGUGUGUGGACUGGUGAGACUGGUGUGUGCCCACAGGAACACUGGACUGCGGGGAGCUGAGGCGGCCUGGAGCAGAGAGGAGGCGGGAGCUGAGGCUGGAGCUGGGGCUGACCGGCGUCAGGGCACGAGCCCCGUACAGCUCAGCCUCCGCAGCCACCAGCAGCCCGGGAGCGGCAGAAGACACAGCCUGGACACCCGAGUCAGCAAUGGACAGCCGGCAGCCUCGCACCCUUCCAUACACGUUGCACAAACUAGCUUCCUGGUGGAAGCAUUCGGAUCAUCCUUCAUUCUGGACGUUGAACUAAACCAUGAUCUGUUGUCGUCGCAGUAUGUUGAAAGAAAUAUUGAAGCAGGAGGCAAGUCUGUUGAAUCCAGGGGUGGAGAGCACUGUUAUUAUCAUGGUAUAAUCCGAGGAAAUGCAGAAUCCUCUGUGGCCCUUUCAACCUGCCAUGGACUACAUGGAAUGUUUCAUGAUGGCAAUCACACGUACAUAAUCGAACCACUACUGAGGAACGAUGAAAACAUAUUGAACGAGUCUCAUUUGGUUUACCAAGCUGCAAGACGUCACCUUCCUUUGGAGAUUCUACCUUCUGACAUUGAAAACAGUGACAUCUUCAGGAGGCGUGCUGACCAAAAAGAGCUUUUAAGGAAGAAAAGGCAGGUCCAUCGAAUUCGCCGGAAUGUUCAGAAUGAGACAAAGUACAUUGAGCUGAUGAUUGUUAAUGAUCACUUUAUGUUUAAAAAGCAUCGUUUAUUAGUGGGUAUGACAAACAACUUUGCAAAGUCAAUUGUGAACCAGGCAGAUUUGUUAUUCAAGGAACAUCUGAACACAAGAAUUGCGCUCGUUGCUAUGGAAACCUGGGCAGUCGACAACAAGUUCAGCAUAGAUGAGAACCCUCAGGUAACCCUGCGAGAGUUCAUGAAGUACAGGAGAGAUUUCAUCAAAGAGAAGAGCGAUGCUGUCCACCUGUUCUCGGGAUCUUCAUUUAAAAGCAGCCAGAGUGGGGCAGCCUACCUUGGUGGUAUUUGUUCACUAUCUAAAGGUGGAGGAGUCAAUGAGUUCGGAAAUGUUGGUGGAAUGGCUGUCACGCUUGCUCAAAGUCUAGCUCAAAAUCUUGGCAUUUUUUCAGAAAAGAAAAGAAACAUCAAUGAUUGCAAGUGUGAUGAUAAAUGGGCUGGCUGUAUAAUGGAAGAUUCGGGAUAUUAUCUUCCACAAAAGUUUUCCAAGUGCAACAUUGAAGAAUACCAUGAUUUUCUGAACAGUGGAGGUGGCUCCUGCCUCUUCAAUAAACCCACAAAACUUCUUGAGCCGCCAGAUUGUGGAAAUGGAUUUGUAGAGUCAGGCGAAGAGUGUGACUGUGGCACAGUCGCUGAAUGCACCAAGGAAGGAGGGGAUUGCUGUCAAAAAUGUAAGCUCAUAGAUGGUGCUAAAUGCAGCAAUGGACUCUGUUGCCAUGAAUGUCAGAUUAAACCAAAAGGAGAUGUGUGUCGAGAGGAAGUAAAUGAUUGUGACAUUCCCGAAGUCUGCAAUGGAAAUUCUAGUCAGUGUCCUCGAAACGUGCUUAAAAUGGACGGAUACACGUGUGAUAAAACUGAGGGGCGCUGUUUUGACGGGAGAUGUAAAAGCAGAGAAAGGCAGUGCAAAUACAUUUGGGGAGAAAAAGCAACUGCUGCAGACAGAUUAUGUUAUGAAAAACUUAACAUUGAAGGGACUGAGAAAGGGAACUGUGGCAAAAGCAAGGACAAAGAUACCUGGAUCCAAUGCAAGAAACAAGAUGUGCUUUGUGGCUACCUACUGUGUUCCAACACUUUGCGUCACCCAAAAGUGGGAGAACUCUGGGGAGAUGUGACUCUGUCUUCAAUAUUACAGAAGCACAAAUCUAUCAACUGCAGUGGUGGACAUGUCAAAUUAGAUGUAGACACAGACCUGGGGUAUGUGGAAGAUGGAAGCCCCUGCGGAAAUGACAGAAUGUGCUUCGAACACAAGUGUCUUCCCUUACAAAAGUUUAACUUCAGCGUCUGUUCUAGUACAAAUGGUACUCAAAACUGUUCAGGACAUGGGAUCUGUAGUAAUGAAAAGAAGUGUGUGUGUGGAGAAUCCUGGAGAGGCGAUGAUUGCAGUGUAUAUUUCCCAUAUGACUGCUUGUGUUCCUCUCCCGUUGUCGCAGGAUCGGGGAGAACCAAUAUCAUUAUUGGUGCCAUCGCAGGUACUAUCCUGGUGGCGGCCCUGCUAUUAGGGGGCACGGCGUGGGUUUACAAAAACUUCAGGCAAGGAAGGCAAAUGCCACAAGGAGACUAUGUCAAAAAGCCUGAGGAUGCUGACUCUUUCUAUAAUGACAUACCUCCUGGAGUCAGCUCAAACUUUUCAGCAUCUAGUUCUAAGAAAAGAUCAAAUGGACUCUCGCAUUCUUGGAGUGAACGGAUUCCAGAGGAAAAACAUAUUUCAGAAGUGUGUGAAAAUGGCCGACCAAGAAGUAACUCUUGGCAAGGGAAUUUGGGAGCCAACCGAAAGAAAAUGAAAGGAAAGAAAUUCAGACCACGCUCUAACUCUACAGAGACAUUAUCUCCUGCCAAGUCACAUUCUUCAUCCAAUGGGUCCAUUGCUUCCAGUAGGAAAUGUCCAUACCCAAUGCCACCUCUUCCAGAUGAAGAGGGGAAGGUUGGUCGACAAAGUGCACGGCUCUGGGAGACAUCCAUUUAGAUCUGAUCAGUGAGUCUGAGCUACUUCAGAUUCCCAUUGUUCUGCUUGUUUUAUAAAUGGCAGAGUUAUAUAGACAUCUUUUAAUCAACAACUGGACAGUGCAUCAACAAGGUUCUUGAAAGAAAAACUUUACAUGCACCUGCUGUCUUCAGAGUAAAGCUAUUGCUUUAAGAGGCUACAUUGCAAGAACUCAUUGUAAGCCUCUGACUUGCUAAUACAGAAGAGACAGUGUAUGACAAUGAAGAAUCAGCAUGCAUGAGCAUCAUAUAGCACUGAAACAACCGAGAAACGUGGAUUGGUUCUGAAGAAAGACAAAAACCCCCACUAAUUUUCAUCAUUUGCGACGCUUGUUCCUGCAGAAGAGAAAGAUCAAGAUGGACCUUUUAUUCCCACAUAAGAUUCAGUCUGAUGAUCUGAGUACACAUUCACUGUGCUGAACAAAAACUGCAUGCAUGAAACCUUUUUUUUAAAAUAAUAAACUCGAUUGCAAUAUUCUGUAGCGAAAAUAACAAAUGGAUGCGUGCAGAGCCAAAAGAGGAAUGAUUUUACCAACGGCUCCUUAGGAUUUAACUGAUACAAAUAAUUUGCAUUUGAAACGAUACUUGUGAACAAAUUGUUG